UAAUUGAUCAUCAAAUUAGAGAGCAGAAGAGGACCGACCUCGGCGUAGUCCCCCCUCCCCUUUAAAUUUUAGCUAGUUCUCACUUUUUCUUUCUUAAUUGAAUUUGUACCCAAUCAGGCUUGAUGUGAGCAAGGAGGAGCAAGCUCUUAUUUUUCCCUUCUCACACCUUCACAGUGCACCUAGCCACCAAGUCACCUUUAGUUUUUUUCCUAUUUCUUUUUCCUCCUUGGAUACUUCGGCAAAGCACGGCUUCACUCUAGCACCAUAUACUGAAGUCACACGAAAACGGCACCAAGAAUUCCUCCUGCAACUUUAACGCAUUUCAGGGAAAGUCUACCCAAACCACCGACGAGGAAAGCCUACUUUCUUUUUUUUUCUCGUACAAAGAGGCGUUAAAGUUCCACAAUGAGUCUCAAAUCUGAUUCUGAGCCGAACAACAACGUGUCUAUGGAAGAGGAGGUGCGCACACUCUUUGUUAGUGGCCUACCGAUUGACAUCAAACCCCGUGAACUCUACCUGCUGUUCAGACCCUUCAAGGGUUAUGAAGGUUCACUGAUUAAGUUGACAUCAAAGCAGCCUGUUGGGUUUGUUACCUUUGACAGCCGGUCUGGCGCCGAGGCAGCAAAAAAUGCAUUAAAUGGGAUACGCUUUGACCCAGAAAACCCUCAGACCCUGCGUUUAGAGUUCGCUAAAGCCAACACGAAGAUGGCAAAGAGUAAGCUGAUGGCCACACCGAACCCCACAAAUAUCCACCCAGCUCUAGGAGCACACUUCAUUGCACGGGACCCAUAUGACCUGGCUGGAACCGCACUGAUUCCUGCGUCUCCCGAAGCCUGGGCCCCUUACCCACUGUACACCACCGAGCUGACCCCUGGGCUCCCCCACCCCGCCUUCACCUACCCCGCUGCUGCCGCUGCCGCCGCCGCCCUACACGCCCAGGUGAGGGACCAAACGAUGCGUUGGUACCCUUCUGCAUCUGAAGCCUCCCAGCCGGGGUGGAAAUCUCGUCAGUUUUGUUAAAGUAUUUAAUGCCGUUCAGACCUGAAUUUUUUUUUUUUUUUUUUUUUUCCUCCAAAUGGAGUGAGGGUGUUCUGAGCUCUACGUUAAUUUAAUCAGGUGUAUUUAAUGGACAAAGGUGCAUUACAGGACUUUUUUUUUUUCCCUUUGGAAACUUUCUCUGAAGGACAUUGAACUGAAAACAUCUAGACUACGAACUCAAGCUGAGGACUUUUUCGAAGAGCCAUGACGGUACAGUCUUUGCACCUCAGAAAACCCUGUGCUUACUUUACUAUAGAAGUGGACAGAUAUUUGUUGAGGAAAUGACAUAGCUGCUCUCUUGAUGGGAUGGGGAGGGGCGGGUG